UCUUGGUGUUUGAUCAUUCUCACUCGUCACUUUUCUUCCAAAUUGUUACUUGAAAUUUGAUGCUGGAUAUGCAAGUGCCUCUUCCAAUUGUUCAACCUGUUAGUCAGAUUCACAGAUGGUGAACUUUUUCAGGAGUUACUGCUGUAUAGGACAGUAUGUAUUAUCAGGCUGCAAAUCAGUUAUCCUGUUGUUGUACAGAAGAGCUUCCUGUUAGCAAGACCAGAUUUUUUGGUUCUGAAAUGCUUAUAUGAUCUGAUUCUGGAAUGAUUUCUCAGGAAUCCUCUGUUUCCAGCACACAGAUGAAAUGGUUAUGUUAGAAAAGCUUCAAAUCUCAAAUCAGAAGCAUAUUCUUUUCUGCUGUUAUCACUGUCAGUACGUUGAAGAAGAAGAGUGUAGGGGACCCUGCAACAUUGCCAAACUAGGUGUUGGAAUACCCGUUUCCAUUCGGUGAGCGAGAUUUGAUACAUGAAUAACAACGGUGGAUCUUCUCUUCCCACUCUACCAUUCGUUCUGUUCUAUUCCGACUUAGGUUCUAUUCUGAUAGGAAGUUGAUAAACUUAACGAGAUUUUCUUCUGUGAAGACGAAUGACUGACCGGAUUAGGAAAGGAAAGAUGUCCGACACAGUAACCGAAAAACAAAAUAUUUACACUAUGCUAAACCGGGUCCAUGCUAUGGACCAGGGUAUUAUUGUCUUUGUGGUUUCGUGUGUGAGAAGUUGCGUGUUGCUGAAAUGUAACUGCCACUUGAUUUCUUAAUUAUAUAUAUGAUUUUUUUUUUUUAAUUUCCUUUUUCCCGGCUUUUGAACUUCUCACUCAACUUCUCUCUCUAAACUGCUUUCGAACUUCUCUCUGAAUUUCUCUCUCCAUUUCAAAUUUAAUUUCAGUGAUUAUUUUCAUCCAUUUGCAUCAAAUUACUCUUCCGAUCUUCUUUUUUCUAAAAAAUGGUGAAGAAAGCGGCACCGAAGAAUCCGGCAGCGAAGAAACCGGCAGCGAAGAAACUUGAAAUCGACAAUUCCGUCGCUGAAAUGGCUGUUGAAGCUCCUCGAAGGCGAGGAAGAAGGCCAAAUGCUGUUUCUGAAGAAAUUUCUGGAAUCUGUGUCUAUAAAGAAGAACAAAAAGGCUGGCAAUCCGAAAACAAAAGCAAUUGAGCUUGUACCUGAAAAAGAACCAGUUGAAGAAGAACAACCUAAUCAACUAGUUUUACAAAAUUCUUCUCUAGUUGACGUUCCACAGCCUGAAUCUCAUCAACUUCAUUCACAAGUUUUGAAAGAAGUUGGCGCUGAUGGCCUGCCUAUCGUGUUUAAUUUUGAUACACAAUGUUUAGGAGGAUCAUUGUGUAAAUUAAUUAAAGACUUCUCUCCUGAACAAAAGGCAGCUGUUCAAGAGAUAGGCUUUGGAGGAUUGUUAUGCCUUCAAUUAAGUCGAAAGAACACUCAAAUGAUGUACUGGUGCAUCAAAUGCUUUGAUGGAGUGAGUUCUUUGUUCACUAUCAGUGAUUCCAAGCAGUUUGAAAUCAUUGAUUAUGAUGUGUACGAUUUGUUUAUGCUCCCCCUUUCUGAGCUGGAGGUUGAAGGGGUUAAACGCGGGCGCAAUUCUACUAAUCCUGAUUUGGAUUUGAAGGUCAAGUGGAGAAAAGAGUUUGGAUUUGAAGAAGUCAAUGCUCAAAUUCCUGUGAGGUUGCUUGAGGAAAAUAUCAAAUUGUUGACAGACGGUGGUGAUCUGUUUAAACAAUUGUUUGUUUUUGUUGCUUUUUCUACAUUUUUGACUCCUACAGCCAAUAGGACUGUAGAUUUACGAUUGGCUAAGGCUUUGGAAGAUCCUAAAAUGAUUCCCCAAUACAAUUGGUGUAAAUACGUUCUUGACGUAUUAUGUGAGGAAACUGUGAAAUUUAAAAAUUGUCUAUUGAAAGGCAAAGAUCAAAAGACAUUUGGAGGCUGUGUUGUGUUUUUGCAACUUGUUUAUUUUCAGUGGAUUAAGUUUAGGAAUUCCAGUAGUAUUCCUGAUCAAUUACCUCUUAUUCAGCAUUGGACAUCGAAGAUGGUAACUGAUCGGAUUCAUGCUGAAAAUGCAAAUAUGAGUGCAUUAUAUGGUUCUGGAAUUUUGGAGAAGGAGAAGUAUCCAAUUUCCAAAAAAUUUGUUUUUGUUGAUGGUCAAAUAGAUUUGAGACAAAUAGAAUCUAUUUCCAAAGAAGGUGAACCUGACAGCAGUGGGAGAAGUGCUGAACAACCCUCUGUUGGCCGUCGGCGUCCUAGGAUUCUUCAGUUUGAGCUCCCUGAUUCUCAUCCUAGUGAUGAAGAAAUUCUCUCCAAAGCCACUGAUAAGUUUCAUGGUCAGUGGUUGUUGAUGAGGAGAGAUUUGGAUGUCGUUUCGGCCAUCCAUGCUGACGAGCUGUUCAAAAUACAGGCUUCGAUGGCAGCACAGAGUCAUGGUGAUGAUAUUUUGGAGAAUUCCACUUAUCAAAAUAUGGUUGAUGAGUUGGUGGAUUUUCAUCAAAUGGUGAAGAAUCUACCAAAUGGUUGGGAUGCUCUUUUUGAUGAUAGUAACAAUCCUGUUGUUACCGUUGCCCCUCAACCUUCUGCUGUUGUUCCAACUGAGCCUGCAGUUUUGUCUACUGUUGCCGUUGUUGAUCCAACAACAUCUACUGAAGCAGUUGGUAAUCCAGCUCAAGCUACCUCUCAAAUAUAUGAAGUUCUUGAUGAUUUGAAUGCCAAAAUUAAAAGAACUACAAAGGAUGAUGAUGAUGAAAAUGGAUGAAUGUGAGCGCGUGUGGGCUGCAUUCCAAAAAUGCAUCAUUAACAACAAUGCUGUAUCCAAUGUGGAUGUGAGUGUCUAUGGCAUAGAGGAGAACGUGUUGUUCAUGUCUCCGUUUAUGAUUGCAUUUGAAGAUUUAAUAAGACAUCUUCCAGCAUAUAUUUGUUCAAGAAGUUGUGGAUUUUGCUGCUUUGUCUGAUGGAGAGGGUAUU